AUGACUUCGUGUCGUAUGAAGUUUGAACCUUGUAUUGGUUCUUUGUGUCCUGGUACUUGGGGUUCGUGGUUUAGUUGGUCAGAAUGUGGUGAUGUUUGUGGACCAUCUACUAAAUCUAGAACAAGAAAUUGUUACGUCAAAGAAGAGGUGUUUGAUGACGUCGCCCGUUGCCAAGAUACGAAUCCUGGUUCAAGUGAAACAAACGAAACAACUUGUAAUGACAACAUGUGCUCUGAAUGGAGUGAAUGGAUUGAUAACAACGAUUGUAAUGCACCAUGUAGAAAUAAUGGCAACCAAACAAGAUUCAAACAGUGCCUUGAUUCUACCUGGUCGGAACAAUAUGAAGAAAACAUGCUGGUACAUAAUCUAUCCUGUUAUCAAAGCGUGGUGCCCUGUACUGGUGCACCAAUUUGUCCACCAGAAUGGAAUGAAUGGCAGCAGUGGUCUUCUUGCUCCGAAUCUUGCACCAAUGGAACAAGAAUAAGAGAAAGGUCUUGUAGGAAUGAAAAUGGAACCGUCGUUUCUACCGAAGAGUGCAUCGGGGACGGUAGCCAUCAGCAAUCUGAAGUAUGUAACAUGGAUCUUUGUUUGCGAUGGGGAGAUUGGGAAGUAUAUGGUGAAUGUAACGCAGAAUGUGAAAAAAACGGCAGGCAGAAAUAUGUGAAGACUUGUCUCAAUCCUGUGGACUUAAGUAACGUGGAUGACUUGUGUCGUAUGAAGUUUGAACCUUGUAUUGGUUCUUUGUGUCCUGGUACUUGGGGUUCGUGGUUUAGUUGGUCAGAAUGUGGUGAUGUUUGUGGACCAUCUACUAAAUCUAGAACAAGAAAUUGUUACGUCAAAGAAGAGGUAUUUGAUGACGUCACCCGUUGCCAAGAUACGAAUCCUGGUUCAAGUGAUACAAACGAAACAACUUGUAAUGACAACAUGUGCUCUGAAUGGAGUGAAUGGAUUGAUAACAACGAUUGUAAUGCACCAUGUAGAAAUAAUGGCAACCAAACCAGAUCGAAAAUAUGCCUUGGCCUUAACUGGGUUGAUGUUAAUGAAGGUCAAUCACUAUCACAGCAUCCAUCAGUGUGCUACAAUCAAAUACUUCCUUGUGCCGGUGCAACUAUUUGUCCACCAACCUGGGGCGAAUGGCAACAGUGGUCUGCUUGCCCCCAAACUUGUACCAAUGGAACAAGAAUACGGACUCGGUCCUGCUUUAACGAAAAUGGGACUCCAGCUUCCCAUGUCGAAUGUACAGGAUUCGUGAGGGAAGAGCAACGUGGUGACUGUAACACCCAUCUAUGUAACAAAUGGGGUGAAUGGGAUUAUAAUGGAGAAUGUGACGCUCUUUGUGAGGAAAAUGGAACCCGCAUUAUUUCCCGAAGUUGUGUAGGUACGGGUUUAUCUGUCGAUGUGUGUUCUACCGCCAAUGAGUUUUGUGUCGGCAGUCUAUGUCCGGGAAUCUGGGCGUCGUGGCAAGGAUGGUCGGAUUGUCACGAUAGAUGUGGACCCUCGUUUCAAAAUCGAACACGAUCUUGUCUUGUGAAAGAAAUAGUAUCUGACCCAUCUCGUUGCGCAAAUGGUUCCGCAGUUAGUGAACAAGCUUGUAAUGUUUUAUUCUGUCGAUCCUGGACCGAGUGGUCUACAACUGAGUGCACAGGAAUAUGCGGCUACCGCGGGCAUAUACGAAGAACACGCGACUGUCUCUUUGGUAAAAGUUCUGUCAGUGGAGCUGUUCUUGGUGCGGCUGUCUCUUCGAUACCCGGAAGUUGUUUUCUGCAACUAAUAAACUGUGUUCCACAGUGUUAUCCGGCAUGGCAGCCAUGGACAGAUUGGACUCCAUGUUCAGAAUCUUGUUCUCCCGGUUCCACUGAACGAUUCCGAACAUGUAAAUUCAAUGGUACUACCGUGGAUCCUUUUAUUUGUGAGAAGCACUAUUUGGCAACUGGAAUGAUCGAGCCGGUCUCGUCUGACACGUUUCUACAGGUUAGGAGAAACGGAAGUCACCAAACGUCAUUGUGCAAUACUGAAAUGUGUAUAACAUGGUCACAAUGGUCAACGAGUCGAUGCCGUGAACAAUGUGAUGUGCCUGGCUUCCAAACUAAACGGAGAUCUUGCAAUUACGCACUUUCAAAUCAAAACGUAGAAGAUACAUCGACCCCGCCCAGAUGCUUAACAGAAAUAUCGCCAUGCUUAGGACCGUGUGUUACAUUCUGGACGGCUUGGACAGCAUGGAGUUCUUGCGAUGAACCUUGUGGUGCUGGCGUUAACUUACAGACUCGUGGUUGCUACAAAAGUGGAAGGCCAGCUUCUCCAAAUUUCUGCAGUCAAAGCAGUGUCGCAGAUUUAUCAGAGCACCGUCGGACACGGCCUUGCAACAAUGAGAUGUGCGAUUCUUGGUCAGACUGGAUAAUCGGGCCAUGUAGUGAGGAAUGCGGUGCAGUUGGCAGACGUCGUAGAAGCCGAACAUGCGUCGGAAACGGGCUUCUUGCUCCAGUUACCGCAUCCGCUACAGAUACAAGCUGCACCAAUGUCUUGGAGGACUGUAAUAUGGGUCCAUGUAACACUCGGUACAGUUCUUGGGGGCGAUGGAGGGGUACGUGUGAUAGUUCAUCCUGCGGUUUCAGCAGAACAUCUCGAAGAAGAUUUUGUAUUGGAAGCAACGGACGCAGAACUAGAGUCUUUCAAUGCCUGCAUCUUGGCCGAGCAUCUGAAAGUCGUAUUUGCAAUCCCACCGGUUGUCGAUCUUGGGCUCAGUGGACCACUGGUGAAUGCUCUGUUUCGUGUGGCGCGGGUUCAAGAAUAAGAUCUCGGCAGUGCAACCGAUAUGCAGAAGUUCUUCCUGUUACGGGUAGACUUGUACGUUGCUUUAAUGUGACAUUAACCUGCUCGAACGCUGCGUGUCCAGUCGGUUGAGGUUUAGUAUAAGGUAGAGUUAGGUUUAUAUUGUUUCUAACGUUUGAAAGGAGGUCGUGUCCUUCGAAAAACGGGUUUUAAACAAUGGCGUAGUUGGGAAACAAUCACUUUACUUUAGCCAUACCUUUUUCUUUACCUGCUGCUGCCCUAUUAUCUUGCCAAACGGAGAUUUGACCCAUUUACUGCCAGAUAUAUUUACAUUCCUGAUAUACAAAGCGAACGUCAACUUCGUUUUUGUAUUCUUACUGACCUAACUGAUACCACAUCUUUUGACAUCUUACGAUUCCUAUAGGCUACAUUUGUUUCAUUUGCAUUUAGAUAGUUCGUCGUCAUUACUAUUGUUACCUUACACGUGGCAUCGAAAUAAAUAAUUCUGAACGUGUCUGCAGCAAUA